GUAGCAAGGCAAUACAAUCGACUGGUGAUUUAUCAUUCGUAUCAGUUUCUGCGUAUACAGUUUAUUUAUAAAUUGUACUAACGAAUCCACAACAUGCAAUAUUUGUAUUUGUAAUUUAUUUUGCUGAAUGAGAAGGAUAUAUGUUAGCAAUGGCCACAGACGUAGUUUGCGAACUUCAUUCUAGACCGGUCGGGUCAAUAUGCUUAUUCCAUGAAAAGUUUCUUUGCAUGAAGUGUUUGAUAGAAAAAGUUGACGAACAGAAAGACUGUGAUAAAAAAGUUCUGGCUGAUAUCGAGGAUGAAAAAGACAAAUUGAGAGUGAGCUUUCUCAAAAUGAAAUGGAAGUCGAUACAACAGCAAAAAGAAUUAACAAAGAGAAUUCAAGAAAUAAGAGAUGGUAAAACAAUGUUACUGAAUCAGGUUGAAGAAAGCAAAACUACGCUUAUAAGUAAGGUUAAUACAAUGACGGAGAAAAUGGUAGCAAAUAUAACUAAAGAAGGUGAGGUUUUAGAAUCAAAAUAUAAUAAUCUUCUGAAACAAAUCGAUGAUGACACUAAACGAAUUGGAGAAAAGGUCAGCAAAGAGAAUUCAAGUGUGCGUAUUGCUGAUCUUUACAACGAUAUUGAAAAGCUGGAACUCGCUCUCAAAACUACAUUUGUACCCCGCGGUAAUCUUAGUGUAGACUUUGAAAUGGCAGAACAACUAAAAGACAUACACACAAGUGAACUUGGUGAGUAUGUGUUGGAAAAAGGAGUGUAUGAUACGAUUGGUAAAUACCUAAACAAAGGAUUCGAAAAGGAUGAUCAGGAAAAGAAAGACGAAAUUAAACCAAAUAUAUAUAAUGCGAAUGAACGUACAGGACCUGUCGGUACAACGGAUACAAAUAAUGACAUACUAAAGAGUGAUAUAGUGCCUCAGAGCACCAUAAGAGACAUAGAUCCAAACAAAAGUACUGAUACUUUGGAUGAAAAAUCCAACAAUGAUGGUGCAAAAGAUAAAGUAAACAAUGUACCUGGCAGCAACGAAGAUGAUCAGAAUCAGGCAAUAAAUAGGAGCGAGUUAUAUCAGGGUUCAGAAGUUUAUGCCGUUGCACAGUCUCCCGAGAGCAAACGCAAACAGAAGACUGUAAUUAAAUCUAAGAAAAACAAAAAUACAUAUAACAUGGGAGAUGUACACGGAGACGAUUCAUCGUCUUCAAAAAAAACUUCGAAAUGUUGCUGUUGCUGUUGUUAGUUCGUUGAAGCAAACAACGAUGGGGUAAUACUGCAAUUCAAAAUCAUAGAGCUGCCUAAGGGCUCUGUGCGUUCAAUUGCUGUAUAUAAAGAAUAACUUUUUAACUAUUACAAAUGAUGCGUAAUACACAAUAAUAUAAGUACUAAAGUAUUUCACUUUAAGCUAACAUUCUAAGUUGAACAAACCAAAGAUCGAUUAAGUUAAGGAAUCAUUUGUUAAGAAUCCGUUAAUUUCCGUGGCUAAGGAUUUCUGUGGGUACCAACUCUAUGCCUCUAAAGGAUGUUAUGGAAUUCGACCUAAACUAAAUGUCUAAGAAGAAAACUGUGUAGAUACAAUUAAAGUAACAUACAUACUCAAAAUUAACAUAUAUUUUGCACGAUAUUCCUCAAAAUAAAGUUAACCCAUAAAAAAUAGUGUUCCAUAUAGCUAUUGCCAAAAUGUAAACGCUUGAUUUGGUAUUGCAACAUGUAUUUAUCGAGAUAAAAAAUUCUCGUCUUUAUUUGUGUGUGGCACAAUAUAUUCCAUUUUAAUUUCCCGAAACAAUAUCUUUUCAUACGACACACGACACUGACUUGGUACAUUAACAUGUGUUAAAUAUAUUGUCCUGAAAGAAACAAAAAAAAACACAUUUUGUAUCUUGUUGAAUAUGUUACCUGACCACAUCUAGCGUUGACAUUUUGGAUAUUGCUAUAGGUAACAAUGAUAUUUUUAUGUUUUAACUUUAUUUGUCGAAAUAUUGUGCGAUUUAUUCGUUGAUUUUUGAGGGUUCAAGGGCUUUUAACGGAUAUAAUUUUAUAAGAAAACAAUAAACACUAUUAUUUCGUUAGAUCAUAUGUUAGUGGGAAAUGUUUGCGACAUUUUUUAAGAACAUGUUUAAGAGGAUCAGUUUACGAUUGUAAUUAUCUACAUGGAAUGCUUAGUCAAUCGUUAGUAAAAUUGUGUUUCCUGCCAAUGUACGUUUUUAUGGUAUAUUGUUAACCUCGUUUAUAAGAAUAGCUAUGUGCCACAUAUAUCUUCAAUUUUCAAAACCUUUGUAAUGUUCUAAUACUUUUAAUUAAAUUUCUUAUACUAAUUCAAACAGAAUAUCUUAGAUUAGGUUUAUUUUGUUUGUGUAGUUGUGAUACUUAUUAUUAUACUUCUUACACUAAUUUAUCUAGAAUAUGCUAUGUAUUGCUUGUUGUGUUUAUGUUUCUGUGAUGCGUAUACUAUACAUUUUAUACGCAUUUAUCCAGAAUAUCUCAUAUUUUGUUGAUAUGACUUCUUAAACUAAUUUAUCUAGAAUAUCUUAUAUAUUGCUUGUUGUGUUAAUCUUGCAAUGAUACGUAUACUAUACUUUUUAUACGAUUUUAUUCAGAAUUUUUCGUAGUUUGUUGGUUUUAUUUGUGUUGUCGUGAUAAUUAUCAUUUGAUUUCUUACACUUAUUUAUCUAGAAUAUCUUAUGUAUGUUUGUAGUGUCUAUGUUGCUGUGAUACGUAUACUAUACUUGUUAUACUCAUUAAUCCAGAAUAACUCAUAUUUGGUUGUUUUUGUUUGUGUUGUCAUGAUAAUUAUCAUUAUACUUCUUACGCUUAUUUAUCUACAAUAUUCUAUAUGCUGCUUGUGCUGUUUAUGUUUUCUAUGAUAGAUAUAUAAUAAUUUUUAUACAAAUUUUUAUCUCAUGCUAUACCCUGUUUCCCAUGUUAUACAACCAUCACAUAUUUUCUUAUAUAACACAUGUGUAAUACAACAUUUUUAAGCGUU